CCUGCGCUCCGCCAGCUUCGCCAGCGCGGAGAGCGUCUGCAGCGUCUGCGCCCGCGGUCGCGACGGGAAACAUCUGUCGGCGGAGCAUCUGUGUGUUGUGUGUUUUGGUUCUGCUCGGACAAGGGCAAGGGACGGCUCGACGACCAAAAAGUGCGUUCUCUCACGUGCGCGAGUGGUGUGUGAGCCCUCUUUCGCGGCGUCGCUUCUCACGGCACGCUCCGGCUGCGGGCAUGAUGCGCGCGGCUGCCGCGGGAUUCGGAUGGAGCGCGGCUGACGCCGAGGCAGCGGCGGCUGCGACAACGGGCCCGUCGUCGUUGCAGUGCGGUGCCAGCGGCGGACGCCGAGGCGCCGGCGGCUCGUCGACCUCGUCGACGCCGACUUCCCAGCAGCAGCAGCGCGACGCCGACCAGCGUGCCAAGGCGAUGCUGCGCGAGGCGGUGGACGCCGUAGUGGAGAGCUUCGCCCGGGGCCCCCAGGGCUGCAGCCGAGUGAACGUGGUGGAGGCCCUGCAGGAGUUCUGGCAGAUGAAGCGUCCCGGUGAGCCUGUCACCUACGAGUUGGUUCCUUCCUGCAGCCCGCCCUACGUGUGCUACGUCACGCUGCCAGGUGGCAGCUGCUUUGGCAGCUUUCAGAACUGUCCGACCAAAGCGGAAGCUCGCCGUAGUGCAGCCAAAAUUGCCCUGGUCAACUCUGUCUUCAACGAACACCCCAGCCGCCGCAUCUCGGACGAGUUUGUGGCCCAGGCGGUGCACGACGCCAGGGCUUCGUUUGGCGGAAGCCAGGGAGUGGAGGCGUUCCGCUUCAUGCUCGAGGCUAACAGAGGGCGCACCAUGCUCGAGUUCCAGGAGCUGAUGAGUGUCUUCCAGCUGCUGCACUGGAACGGCUCGCUGAAGGCGAUGCGUGAGCGCCAGUGCUCGCGCCAGGAGGUGCUGGCACACUACUCCCGCCGGCCGCUCGAUGACGAGCUGCGCACCCAGAUGGCGCUCGACUGGGCAGCACGCGAGCGCCAGCUGGGGCCCACAGGCCGCGUUGCUGCCGAGGCUGCAGCUGCUCGUGCCGAGCUCGAAGCAGCACGCCUCGCCGGCCGCGAGCUGCGCUUCCCGCUCGAGAAGCAGCGUAUCCUUGCAAUGGCGGCGCGCAUGAGUGCCGACGGCCCAACCGUGGCCUCGAGCCCCUGAUGAGCGCAAGUCACGGCAGUCUAUGGUGGCUGCCACUGUGCUUUAUUCCAGACAGAGAGAGUGACUUUUGCUGGACUACGCAGCCAUUCGUCACGCUGAUGCCGUAGCAUGAUCCGUCCAUAUGGGCCAUUCAAGUGCCUAAUGGCCCUGAGUUUCGGAGUGUCGGAGUGCACAGCAGCGACCUCAACUGCCCCCGGGUGGCCAGUGGCACCUGACAACCUGCUUCUCGGUGAAGGCUGGAGGAUUGUCCGAUCUCUACUGCCAUUCGUGCAAUGCAGCACCGUCUGGCCGUGCAGGUUGUUGGAUGUGGUCAUCUUGUCCCUUGAAGUGCCUUUGAUGCUACUACCCACUGCUAAGCUUCUGUUGCUGUAGUGGAUGGUUAUGGGCUUGCAACAAGCUUCGGUACCCCCCUCUCUUCCCUCGCUCUUCCCUGUCAAUGCAGAAGGCUGUUUAGGUACACGCUGGAGUGUAUGCAUUGAGAAAACUUGACUGCACUGGAAUGGAACAAAUGGAAGGCACCAUCUGUGUCAUUGCCUUUUGAUACUCAACGUAUGCUGUAUAUUCAAGAUCCUUUCAAGUACGUAUUUGUUGACAACCAGUGUGGCUGGAAGAAAUUCGGCUCUAAGUCAACUUACCUGCCAUGUUUGUAAUGAUAGACUUUGCUGUGUGCGUCACAUGGCCAUGCUCGCAGUGACGGGCUUUAAACCUGUGUUGGCUUUAAACCUGUGUAGGCCGUGUUUAACUUGAUUAAUGUAUUCAGCCAAGCCCUGCCAUCCAUAACCAUCUGAUGACUUGCUGUGCUGCCUUGCCAAAUUUAACAAGUGCCUUGGGUAGCAAAGUGCCAACCAAAUCAUAAAACGAAACAAUCUUGUAUUCUGUUUGACCUAAGCGUGCAGCAAUACAAGCACUUUUUGUACUUCAUGUGCCAGUUGAAAUGUGAUGAACUCUUCAAGCAAUAGCAAACAAAAAACAAAAAAAGCCGCAUUCCGUCUCAUCAGUUUCGCGCAGUUAAGUGAAGACUAAGGGCUCAUGUCAGCCAACCAGUAAAUGAGAGAUGUCUGCGUGUUAUGAGAAUGGAGGAGGGCUCACCAAUUUCGUACCAUUGAUCCUUACAGGCAACUUCAAUCCAGUCGGCAUUGUGCAAAGUGCGAUCAGUGAUAGAAAAUGGAAGAGCGCUUCUUGUGAUUUUGAAAUCGAAAGUAUGAUGGAAUCUCAUCAGGUUGGGACUGAACAUGAAGCACGAAGAUAAAGACUGACCAAAAAUGGUUUAGCAGUGGUAAUGUUUUGGCUCCGACAUGGGAGACUGGUUCGCAGGGAGACUAAAAAGUGAUGAAACACUUGCUUAAGUACGUUGUAUAAAGUUACCGAGACACCUAGCGUAUACUUAUAGGUGGCAAUUCAUAAUCAUUUCCAUGGUAGACACUCUUGACCAAAAUGAUGCUAAUUUGCUACCUGUAUAUGCUAAGUGUCGCAACCUUAUUAUGUGAUGUACUUAAGCGACUAUUUUGCCACUUUUUAAUCUUACUGUGAACAAGUCUUCCAUCUGCGAGCCAAAACAUCAUCAUUACUAAAAAAAUCCAUGUUUGGUGUUUCUCUUACCUUCCGUCUCCUGACUCGCUGCUUUGGUCGGCUGAUGUGAUUGAUAGGCUUCGCUGCGCUGCGCAAAAUUGACGAGAGGGAGUAUGGGCUUGGGAGCCAUAUUCCUCUAGCAGUUCUUACAUUUUUACAGAGAGCUACUGGAUUUUCCGUUAGGUAAUGUUACUGUAAUGGCUCUAGUGGUUCUCAUUAACACUAGCAUAGCUUUUUAGUAUAAUUAUCUACAUACAUGCAGGGUUCCUGCUUUAUGUGCCAAUUCAUAAAAGUUCUCCAGUAUGGAGGGCCAGUUGUCCUGUCAGUACUGUGUAAUUGUGGCAACGGUUGUGAGGAGGUUCAUCUAGUGUCACAGUUGCUGUUGUGAUCUCGUCUGUCCGCUCAUUACAUUGCUCGAGCAUUGCAGACUCGUGGUCUGGUUGCUUGAUUCUUCAGUUGAAUGCUGUGGUUGAGGGAAAGGUUUUUUUAUUACCAUGUCCUAAGCAAUUGUAACGACAAGUUAAAAAAAGAAAGAGGCAUUGCCGACUUGAUACCUCCACUGCCUUGAAUAGUGCCUACUUCUUGGCCUCUCGUGUACCUAGUUCCUUUUUUGCUCUUUUUACACUGGUGUAGUGAAUUCAAAACCUAUCAGCAGCACAUGUAAACAUAAUUUUGGCUUUAUAUGACUCUCUGUUUUUCACUUAACACUGAUGCUGGCAGUUUGGGCACAGUUUUGCAUUAUUGUCACCUGACCAUAUCCAUCAACCAAGAGUUCCAACACCAAAAGGGGGACAGUCAGUUUUCAAGGACUUUCAGCCAGAAGUAUAGGCCAUGACCUUGUAUGGCAGUGGCAGUGAUUGGCAGUGAUUUGUCGAGCUAAAAAAUCCGUCCAUGUACGGCCAAUCCGGGCGCAAGUCAACGGCAGUGGGGACAACUGGCACAAAGAAGUAAGGACAUUAAGCUGCACUAGUUGGUUUUCAUUGCAAUGUAUGUUUGCUAGUGCAAAAAGCCGAGACAGAGGUUAAAAAUUUAAUGGAUAAACGCUAGUCUAGGACUAGCAUUUGUCAUCUUUAACCUCUUUCAUUGUUAGCAUCUUUAACCUCUGCCUGAGCUGUCUAAGUAAACAUACAUGGCACAAAGAUGUUCUAAAUAAAAGUGCCGAUAUAAUGUGUUUAAAAACUUACCAACCCUAUCCUUAAAAAUCAACAGGCAACCUACAGAGAAUAUACAUAAGAACUUGAAAAUCUGUUCAUGCUGGUAAUUGGCAAGGUACAGUAAUUGUCGGUUAAUUGUAAGAUUCUGGCUCUUAUAAGCAGCAUUCUAGUGGAAGUAUCAUGUGUAUGCGAAUGAGCACGCUUUCAUAUCGUGUUCUUUAGCUGUGGUUUUAAAGGAGCACUUAGAAGAAAUACCCACCCAAGCUAGAUAGGUAUACUGUGGUCAUGAAAUUGCAAACAGGUCAGUUUUAUUGUGGUUAGAGAUUUGAUAAGUCAGUAAGCCAGAGAAGUCGCAAAAGUGAGAUGGGUAUCAACACCAUAUUGAAAUUUUCGCCCCAGCUUGCUGUGAUGUCGUAGAUUUCCACAGCAUUUGUUCAUUGCUGGCAACUUUUUUUUAUCAAUAAACAGCUUUAGUAGGAUGUACACAAUACCCUUGUGUACGCUAUAAAUUAGCGGGUCCAAAAUGUGCAGGAUGCUAUGAAGAGCUUUGCUGGUUACAUACGCAUGCUACCUUUUGGAUUUAGCAUUGCGGGCCUUGCCUAAUUCGCUUGGAUAGCAUAACAACAUGGCAGCGCUGAGGCCACUCGCUUUUAUCUGAAUUCGGUCUUGCUACUUGCUGUUCAUCAUGCCAGCAAAACGUAAAUGGUGAAAUAAUCUUUCGCCUAGUCUUAUCUCUCUCCAAGGACCAAGUACUGGUGAUGUUUUGUCACGAUUAUUGCGAUCAGCCAUCUGUUCUAAUGCUGCCAGGCCUAACUAAAGAUGGUGCCGUUGCUGGGAAAGUAGUUUGACUUCUAUGUACCAGAUGGCGCCACCGCAAUUGGUGUUUGCCAUCCGUUCACCAUGCGGUAGGCUAGCUAAAAGUGUCAUCGAGGACAUGCGUGUAGCGUGGUCGUAGCCAUAUUGCACGUGUCUACAUAAAUGACCAAGCUGCUAUGUUUAAGCUGUAUAGUAAGUAAUGAUUACAUGGGUUUUAAAAAUAAUCAGAGGAAUAAACCUAGCAUUUGGAGACUUUCUGUACAUGACCCACAGUGGUGGCUCACUGGCUAUGCCAAUGUGCUAUUGAGCAUGAGGUCACUGGUCCGAUUUGCAACAGCGACAUUACAGGGAAGGCGAAAUGCGAGUGUGCUUUGGGUGCUUGGUUAAGAACCCCAGGGAGUCAAAAUUAAUGCGGAGACCUCUACUGCAUUGUCCAUCAUAACCCACUCCAUAAUUUCAGGACGUUAAACCCUACAUUAAUUUUUUUGUUUGUUCAUAAAUAAUGAAGGUACGCAAGAAUACUGGGAAACCUGCAGCAUCAUGGUUUGCAUGUGAAAUUUAGAAACAGAAAGCUUUCUUUUUUUUUUUUUUUUUUUCUUAUGGCAUUUUUCUGCCACCGAAGUAUGAAUAAGAGUUCUGAAACAUUAUCGAUCUAAACUGAUUUCGUGUUUCUCCUUGGUGUUCCUUUAUAGGUAUCGGGGAGGAUAAGCCCGACGCUUGAGUCUGCCUGCUUAAUUUGCAAAUCUUGCUCGUGCUUGAUUGGUCUUAGCUCAUAAUGCAUAUUGCCACUGCUCGAGCAACAUUCCAAAGUGUCUGGUUUCUGUCUCUCAACCGAGAUCUUUCAUUUUAAUUACGCUGCCAUUUUUAUUAGCUGUAUAGCCAUUUUGCGGUUCAACUGUGCUUGUGAUGUUCGCUGUAAGUUUAUGGGACAGGUUGAAAGUACCAUUAUAUCAUUGUUUGACACGGAAAUGUGUUGCUGAUAUUUUACCUUUAAUAUAUUUCAUUCCCAAGUAACGAGAGCAGAAUGUUAAUUGGCAUGAUUUCUGUCGGCACACAUACAUACAGGCACCGAAACAGCUUCUUACAGAGGCCACUCGUAAGUGUGUCACUGAGCCCAUCAGAAAAUUGAUCUUAGAAGUUAGUCAUUACCGCUUGGAUAUCCUUCAGACGUCCAAUGUAGCUUUGUGUGCCCAAGUUCAUCCUGAGUAUAAUUAGAUGGCCUGCGAUACCCACGAUAAACAACCUAUAUCUCAGUCUGUCAUGUUGCAACUUGUCUCAUUGUUAGUACUUGGCAGCUUCUGUAUAUAGACACAGAAAUAUGAUAAGUCAUUGACCUGCAACACUCUGUCUUUGUCUUAUAUUGUGCUUCAUUGCAUGCUGCUUCUUAUGUAUUUUUUUUGUGUGUCUUUAACAUCGGUAUUGAUUGGCACUUGGCAUGUCAGUGGGUCUUGAAACCUUGGCACCAUGGCAAUAUUUCAUUGCCAUGAAGGCCACAUCAUGUACGAAAAAUGUAGAAAAAAUUGGAAAUGCCCAUCCAUAUAGGCUCUGUAGAAAUGAAACUGUAGGUGUGAUAUGUGCAUAGAUGGCUGCCCAGCUUACCUGUGAUGAGCCAUCAAAGUGCGUGUGAUGAUGCACGAUCGUGUUGCUGAUAACGCAGUUGCGGCGACAAAAUGACGAUGAAGAAACGCUCAUUUUGUGCCGACGUGACUUGCAACGUGGGCCCAGUGCCCCUUUUUGUUGGUGAGACCUGAAUUUGGUGGACGUUUUGUGAUGCAUUGAAGGCUGGUCAUUGUAUGAACUGCGAUUGUUUCUACAUAUGAUGGUAACAAAUAUGCUUUUCUUUAAGCUAUAGUAGUUGUGCUUAUUCUUGCUAAAGAGAGAGUAAUGGCCAUGUUUUGUUUCCGCGAUUCAUUGGCCGUAUCUAACUGGCAUAUUUAUUUCAUUCACGAACCGGCGUUUGAUGAUUUUUGAAACUUUGGCCACAUUGUGGUGCUUACAUGUAUAGAGCACGGUGUGUCAUAGGUUUGAAAGAUAAGCUUUAAAGAUAAUUGUAGUUCAAAGUUGCAUGAAAGCAACAGAUGUGUUUAAAAUUUCUCCUACUGUUGAUGGCAGACAUCCGUCACUGCUGCUCUGUGUUUCAAUGGAGUAGGAAAGAGACACGGAAGAAUUAACUGCAUGCUGAUUUUGCAAAUCUAUUUCCAGCGUGCUGGAGAGUUCCAUCACUGCAGUGUUUGCUUUCUUGAAAAGACCAGUCUUCUAAUACCCCUGUCACACGCACACUUUCAGACAACGUUCACGCUGAAGGCAAUUGAAAUCUGCAAACCCCAUUGGCUCCCUUCCAAGUGCUUGCGCAAAGGAGCCAAUCUUGAUCAAUAAACUUGAUCCCGAUGGAGCUCGAUCACGGUCGAAAGUGUCUUUGUGACACUGGUAUGUGGGUGCUGAACUACAAGUAUGCACAGUAAAUCAUGCCUGAACUUGUCGGAAACGUACCUGUUCUCUUGACGAACGUGAAAACGUUGCCUUCCUGCUACAUUUGACAUGUGUUUGCGUGCUAGAAGUUGGAAUGCAGCAGACGUCCGUGCUUUGAACAUGGACCAUCCCACUUUAGCCGAAGGGGAUGCUUGUGGUUGUGCCUUUGCAUACAGCAUUUUACUUAUAAAUAUUAUAUGUAUACACACGCUUUUUUUUUUCUGCGGAAUGGGAGCCUUCUUGACUGCGAGCUGGAUGAUUGUCGGCCCAGUGCUAAGUGAUAGUAAAUGGAUGCAUCUCGUUGUGGCCACACCUUGUUCGAUGCCAGAUUGCACCCCUCGUUGGGGUGCCUUUUGUGCUGUGGUAAUCUAGUCUGUGAUUCGGUUCAUGUGCCCAUGAAUCGCCGCCGGCCAUGUGAGUGGUUUGUGCCACAAGAGGGUCUUGGGGGGACGGUGAUAGUAGUGUCAAGCCACUUGUGAUUGCUACGGCGUGCUUCUCAGUUCUUCCUAGUCCGCAGUUCCUUCUGUAGUGAUGUCCCGACCCAGCGGCAGCUACCUGCCGUCUUCUUUGCACUCCUGUUAAAUGACACUGCGCUGUCAUCGCGUUUCUUGCUCGUCACAUUCUUGUGAAAUCUUGGUCGUGCCCUUACAAAGCUACUGAUUGCCGAGAACACUGAGGGAUGUGAAGGAGCUCUGACAUCAAGUUUUGCAAAUUCUUUUUGUUAAAUUAGUCAUUAUUCAGUGUUUCCUGUUUGAUUGCUGUGCGAUGCUGUGUUGAAUUUAGACACAUUUUAAGCAUUGGUCAUUUUGAAGUGAUCAUACCAGCAUAUAUGGCGUACUACUAUGCAUCACUAUAGGAGUGGCAUCAUACUUUGAGCCAUAAGCUUAGCAAAAAUAUUUUCAUUUGUGGGUGCUUUACAUGCUUUAGCACUGCAAAUAAUUCUUCACAUAUUUUUCUCAACUAUUUGAUUGAUUAGCAUUUAAUAUAACAUUUAAGUUUGCUGAUUUUCAUACUAGUAAAUGGUAUGAGAGAUCAUCCCUGCUACAGUGACUCGGUGACUAUUUCAUUCUGCUCUUGUGCAUGAGGUGACCAGUUCUACUUGUGGUCAUGGUAACCAUGUUCAGGUGAAGCAUGUAGAUUCCUGAACACUGAUAUUUUAGUGCACAUCAAAGAACUGUAGCUCACCAAAAUUAACUUGGUGCUCUUUAAAAUUGGGUCUCUGAUAGCCCAGGAGUACCUUCGGAAUGUCGAACCACACUUAUCAAAGAAUCGAAAUGUGAAUUUGUGCAAACAGGCUUCUCUCCAUAUCUCCAUAGCCUAAGUGACAUGCCUAUGGCCUGCUUUUUUGCCAUCAAGUCUCCUUUAAAGGUCUUGGUGGCCCCAUAAUAUAGCUCACAUUUAUGCUUAAUCACUCAGAACAUGCAAACAAUAAAAACAGAUAGAUGUGCUUGAAUGUACCGCACAAUGAGCAAAGACUUUCUCAACCUUUCUCCAAACUUAUAUACUUGGCAGUGACACUGUUCAUAACUGAUACAACUUGUACACUCUGGUAUGACAACUUAUGCUUCAAGAACAAAUAAUUCUUAUAUAAUGAAGCAGCAAGAAUGCCAUCUUACACGCUGUUCUAGGAGCAAGGAAAUAAUUGUGACAGACAGAAAACUAUUCGAGAACGUGCAUUUAGCCUUUCCUGCCUCCCCAAAAACAUGGCAAUCCAAAUCGGCCCUCUCCUUGGCAUACGCAUAUGUACAAUGACACAGCAGCUCCACUCUUCUUUUCUAGGCAUAUACAAGCUGCAAUAUAAUACAAUAUAAUAACAAAUUAGCAGAUAUAACAAAGCAAAUUUAAAAUGUUUUCUGGUGAUAUUGGCUGGUAAAAAAUAUAUGCUUAUAAUGAAUUUGGAUAACAAAGGUAUUUUUGUGUUGGGUGCAAUCUUUAUUUAAUGAAGUUAAGCUGUAAUAGCUUUUAAUUUGGCAUAAAUAGCAGCUAAAAUGCACACUAAAUAGGAACAUUAGACUUAAAUUGACUUGGUAAAUUAAACUUCCAGAAUGCAAGAGAUGGCAGUCUUACGGCAUUCAAAGUCUUGGUUAGUCAGAAAAGAUUUGAAAAGCUGAAGAUAGGCUUCAAGUUCCCACAUUAUAAAUAGCCCCUGGUGAUGUCACGAGAUUUGGACAGGCUCUGCUUGGGACUACAGUUAUUUGUCGAUAAACAAAGAUUAUGUUGCAUUCAAUAAGAACCAAACAAUAAUCUUGGCCAAUUUCGACAACGUUUCUGAACGAAAAGAACAGGUCACCAUGCAAAAAUACUUCGAAGUUUGUGAUAUCUUACUCAUGUACUAGCAUUGUGGCUGAGGGGCAAUGCUAUUCAAAAACGAAAACUCUGCCCUUCAGAUUUUUGUUUGGGAACCAACGGUGAAGUAAACAUGAAUUCAUAAUUUGUAAAAUGCACUUCACCAGAAUAAACUAAUUUAGUGUUGCCAUUUGGCGUAUCUUUGUCAUUCUUCUAAGUCCUCUCUUGCUGGAAACAGGCCAUAUUGUGCUUAAAUAUGAUAAGUGACCUGUGCUGUAAUGACUUUGGUGUGCUUCUGCUAAUCACAACGUCACAGGUUCAAUUCCCAGCCGUGGCAGCUAUAUUUUGAGGGGGGCAGAAUAGAUUUAGGUGCAUGCUAAGGAACACCAAAAGGUUCAAAUUAAUCUGAAGCCCCCCCCCCCUACUGGGUUCCCAUAGCCUGUAUUUUACGUUUGGGUGUUAAUUUAAAUCCCAUAUAAAUUGGUCAUGAUUUAUUAAUGACAGCUGUUAAAUAACAUUCACAGUGUGAUGUAAAAAACUUCGAAAAAUUCUGUCAGAGCUCCUUCAUAUUCUUGAUGUCUUUUCUUUCUUUUUCAUGUAAAAAUCCAACUUUUCUUUAUGUAUUCUCAUUCUUUCCAAUUCUAGUAUUGGUUUGCCAACAUUAUUUUUGUGGAAAGGGAGAACUGCGUUUUUUUAUGUCGUCUUGUUAUAAGCGAGUGCACUGUGUCGCUUCUGGAUUUAUGUGUGUACUUGGAAGCUGUACGAAAUGGGCUGACAAUUUAGACACAGUCAUCAGUAAGAAAAAAAAAAAAUAAAGUGCUUUUAUGGUA